GUCAGGGCUCAGAGGUGCCUGACUCAAGCUUGGUUAAGGAGAGGGUCGCAGUGCCCCUUGCUGGCCUGUCCAGGGCAGGUAGUGCAAGUGAGAACUAACCCUUGGUUGUUUUAAGCCAUUGAAGUUAUUUGUUACCAUAGCAUAACAUAAUCUAUCCUGACUGAUACAAAGAGUUUUCAAUUAUACAUUAAAAAAAUGUAAUAGCCUUCUUUGAGGGGAGCAGUUUUAGGUUUAUAGAACUGAGUGGAAAGAAAGUAUAGCAAAUUCCCAUAUUACCCCUUACCCUUCCAGUUCCCCUAUUAUAACAUCUUGCAUUAGCGUGGCACAUUUGUUACAAUUAAUUAGUCAAUAUUGAUACAUUAUUACUUACUAAAGUCCACACUACACAUUGGGGUUCACUCCUUGUGUUGAAGGUUUUGCUAAUGUCUAAUAGCAUUUAUGCACCAUUACAGUAUCACACAGGGUAGCUUUACUGCCCUAAGACCAGCCACUGUGCUCCAUCUGCCCCUUCCCUCCUUCUCCCUGAACUCCUGGCAACCACUGAUCUUUUUACUGCCCCCAUAGUUUCGCCUUCUCCAGAAUUUGUAUCGUUGGACUCACACAGUAUGUCCUCUUUUCAGAUUGGCUCCUUUCACUUGGCAACAUGCAUUUCAAUUUCCUUGCUGUCUUUUCUUGGCCUGAUAGCUCAUAUCUGUCUAUCACUGAAUGACAUUCCAUUGCCUGGAUGGACCAGCGUUUAUCCACCCAUCUACUGAGGGGCAUCUUGGUUGCUUCCAAGUUUUGGCAAUUAUGAUAAAUGCUACUAUCAACAUUCAUAUUCACAUGUUUCUGCAGAUGUAAGUUUUCAACUCAUUUGGAUAAAUUCCAAGGAGCCCAAUUGCUGGAUCAUAUGAUAAGAAUAUGUUUAGAUUUGUAAGAAACCGCUAGACUAUCUUCCAAAGAGGGUGUAGCAUUUUGCAUUCCAACCAGCAGUGAAUGAAGCUUCCUGUGUCUUCAUGUCCUUGCUAACAUUUAGGUCUUUUGCUCAUUUUUUAAGUUGGGUUGUACUUUUGUUAAAUUAAUGAUAUGUUUUACAAAAUUUUAAAAAUCAUUCUGUGGCUUGUCUUUUCGUUCUCGUGAUUAAGUAUACAUUUUGAGUAGUAACAGAAGUUCCACAUGUCAUGUUCAUAGAUUUCACAUGACUACCUUUGGAUGACUAAGAAGUUCUAAAGUUCUAAUUCUUAAGGUGCCUGAUUUAGAGCAGAAAAAGACAUACUUGAGUGUUAUGGUACAGUUGUUAAAAAAAAAAGUCUUAUUUUUGGCUCCUGAGUCUUCCUGAUGACCAGGAGGGUCUCACUGGCUGACGGCUAUGUCGCUGGCAACAUGCAGGCUCAUACAGCUCGUUGCUGGAAUGUCUGUGUGGCCACCUUGAGGUCUUUCUGACCAGGUCUUUCUUCACUAAUCCAUCCAGCUGCUAGUCUAGUCUUCUUAAAACAGCUUUCAUCAAGACCUAGUGAUCCUGUUGCCUGUUUCAGCAGAUCUAAGCAAUUGGCUUGACUGUUACAGUCCUUUUUAGAAUCAGAACUGGAGAUGCUCGAAACCCUAGUCCGGGAGUCAAAUGCCGAGACAGUGAACUGAGCCCGUAGGUGGCGCUCCACACAGUAUGACAAGAGACCAAGUUCACAGAGGUCUGCUGGCGUGCUGAUUUACAACCAGAGCCUUUGCAUCAGAUUUCCGACGGGGUGUUGAAGAAACAAAGCCAGGGUAACUUGCCAAGUGAUGCUAAUGGAAAUUCCUUUUUUUUUGAGAAAGAAGGUCUCUCUCUGUUACCCAGAUUGGAGUGCAGUGACAUGACCACAGCUCACUGCACCUUCUCUCUUCUGGGCUCAGUGAUCCACCUCAGCCCCCCAAGUAGCUGGGACUGCAGACAUGUACCAUCAUAUCUGGCUAAUUUUUAUUUUUAUUUUUGUGGAUACAGGGUCUUCCUGUGUUGCCCAGGCUGGUCUUGAACUACUGGGCUCCAGUGAUCCUCCUGCCUCAGCCUCCCAAAGUACUUGGAUUACAGGUGUAAGCCACCACACCCAGCCACAAAUGACUCUUUAUUUGACUUUUUAUGUUGGUAUUUGUUAGAAAUCAGGCCUCUCCAUGAAAUCAUUUUAUUCUUAUGUCAUUAUUUUUGAAGCGCUUAAUCAAUGUAUUCAUUCAUUUAUUAUUUUGACAUAUUUAUUGCCAUUAUAUCAUGAUUAUUAUGACAUUAAUUACAUCAUAUUAUUAUAUCAUUAUGGUAUUUGUCACUAUGAACCCUUCCUCAGAUCUGCUGCAAGACUUUUACAAAAGCAACCAAAUGAACCUUCGAGUGGUUGUCUCUUCCUUCUUCUCGGUCUCCUAGAGAAAAUUCUCCAUGAUUUGAAAGUAUUCAUUUAACUCAGCCUGCCUCAACCAAGCUCAACUCAUGCACCAUGCCUAGAUAAAAGCUAAUGUGCCCAGUUAUUGUUCUCUUUUUGGGUGAGAAGAAACAUUCUGUGUCUUUUGAAAGGACGUUUUAUUUGAUUUUAUCCAAUUCUGUGGCCAACAUCCUAUGUUGCUUUUCAUUGGUACAGGCAAGCGUGGACCCAUGGUAUGUUGCCUGUGAGCAGAUUGCAGCCUGUACUGAGUGUGGCUAGUUACGGAAUCUGGUGGUGUUUGCAGAAGGGGUGUGCAGGCUUUACCUCUGAAGAUAGUCCCUUGUCUUACCACAUGAUCCUCUUUUAAAAAUAAUGAUAGACUAUUUUUCAGAAUGGUUAUAAAUCUAGAGAAAAAUGGAGCAUAUACUACAAGGAUUUCUUGUGUAAGCUUCUCACUCACUCCAUACCCAGUUUUCCUUAUAAUUAACAUCUUACCUUCUUAUGGUAUAUUUGUUACAAUUAGUGAACCAACGCUGAUAUGUUGUCAUUAGCUAGAGUCCAUAACUUAUUCAGAUUUCCUUACUUUUUCCUAAUGUCUUAUUUAUUUAUUUUGAGAGGGAGUCGUACUCUGUCAUCCAGGCUGGGAUGCAGUGGCAUGAUCUCAGCUCACGGCAACCUCCGCCUCCCAGGCUUGAGUGGUCCUUCUGCCUCAGCCUCCCCGGUUGCUGGGACUGCAGGCACGUGCCGUCAUGCCUGGCUAAUUUGCUGUUGUUGUUUGUUUGUAUGGUUUGUAGAGAUGGGGCUUUACCAUGUUGGCCAGGCUGGUUUCAAACCCCUGACCUCAAAUGAUCCACCUGCUUCGGCCUCCCAAAGUGCUGGGAUUACAGGUGUGAGCCACCAUGCCCGGCCCUGAUGUCCUCUGUCUGUUCCAGGAUCCCACGUGACAUUUAGUUAUCAUGUCUCCCUCGCUGUGGCAGUUUCUCAGCCUUCCUUGUUUUAGAUGGCCUUGACAGACAGUUUUGAGGAGCACUGGCCAGGGAUUUGAUUGAAUGCCCCUUUAUUGAAACUUGUCUGAGUUUGUAAGUUGACUAAACUGAGGUUACAAGUUUUUGGGAGGUAGGCCACAGAGGUAAGAUGCCAUUUUCAUCGUGUCAUAUCAGGAUCCAUGCUGCCAACAUGAUGUAUGGCUGCCGACGCUGAGGGCCUGCCUGAUGUCCUGUUGCCAGGUUUCUCCACUGUAAAGUUACCUGCUUCCCCCCUUUCCACACUGAAGGGCUGGGGAGUUAUGCCCCCUCCUUAACGGCGAAGUAUCUACAGUUGCAUUUGGAAUUCUUGCAGCUGCGUUUAAAUUUCUGAUGCUAAUUGCAACUAGUCGUUGAGCUCUGGGAGUGAAGGGACUGUGUUUCCUGCUACAGUGAAUCACUGUUACCCAGUACCAUGCUUGACACCAUGCCUGACUGUGCCUGACACAUGUACUUAAUAAAAUAUUACUAAAUCAAUGAAUAAUGCAGGAUGAUUUGUUCGGGCACACCUGCCGUCUUGUAGAUUUCCCUUCUACCCCUUAGCAGAUUGGAGGGAAGCUGUGGGGUUGCUUUGGGGUGAGCAUGCUGGCUGGGACUGUGUGCACAUGGGAGAACUAGAUGUCACAUCACUGGUCAGAGUUUCAUGGUAGCUCAUGUGGGUAGUAACGUGAAAUGUGCAGAGAGCUAAAACCGGGCCAUGUGAUGGAAAGGCCUGUGGCUACUAGAGAUAGUGUGGGCAGGAAAGCUGGUCUGGGGAAAUGCUGUUGGCUCUGAGAUGGGAGGAAUCAGGAGAAGCCAGCCACUCAGUGACCUGGGGAGGGACUUUCUAGGCAGAGGGAACAGGAGCUGCAAAGGCUCCCAGGGAAGGUGGUGCCGGGCUGGAAGGUUGAAGGCCUGGGCAGCACAAAAAUCACAGAACCCAGCCGAGCUUGAGCCAGGUCUUCACGAUGGUCGUCUCUGCGGUGGCAUCCUGUGCUUCAGUUCAACAGAUGUCUUAUUAAGUGCCACCCACCUCCCAAGUGCUGUUUUGGGUUCCGGGAAAUCAGCUUGGAACAAAACCAGUGAGUCUGUCCUGGCGCUCCCGAACUCACAUCUAUGGAAAGAAAUAUGCAAUUGUAUGUCAGGUGGUAAUAACAGCUAACAAGGAAGGAAAGGCAGGUAAAUGGACAGAGGGACUGGGAGGUUCUACUUCAGACAGGGUGGUCAGGGAGGGCCUCUUGGAUGAGCAGAGCCCUGAAGGGAGUGUGGGGAGGAGCUGUGGAGAGAUGUGGGAGGAGAGUCUCCUCAGAGCCCCUGAGGCGGCUGGCCCCCAUGUGGUCAGGUUUUGAGCUGGCAUGGAAUGAGUGAGGGGUACGGGGACCAGGUCAGCAAAGUGGCCAAGGGCUGCAUUAUAUAGGACUUCAUAGGCUCUGAAAAGACUUUGGAUUUUAUUCUGCAUGGGAUGAGCAGCUACUGCAGGGCUUUAGGGGAAGAGAUGUAAUCUACUUAACAUUUUUUGAAAGAUCUGCUUGGAGGAGCAAGGGUGGAGCCUGUGAGCCUAGGUGGGGGCUGUUGCCAUCAUCCAGGGGCUGUAAUUGAAAUGGAACUUGUCUUUCUGCUUGUUGCCUGGGUAAUGGGGGGUCCCCUUCAUGUUAAUGAUGGCAUGAUGAGAAAAGCUGCAUGUAGGCGAAUAAUGGUGAACAGGCAGAGAAGCAAAUGGUCUGGCUAACUCUAUUUUGGUGGAAAGAUACCAGCCCCCUGGGAAGGAUUUAUGGAAGGCUUUGAGCAUGGGCAGAGGUGAGAGUGCUGGGAGGAUGCCUGGGAUAAGGACUGAGAAAUUGUACUGAGUGACGUGCUUAGGACUAGACUGCUUUGUGUAGAUGUCCUCAGUAUAAAUCAGCCAGGUCUUCCACGGCGCACGGCCACUUUUCUUCCCCCUGACUUUACCGCUAUGGGCAGAAAAACCCAGGGCUGGGAGGAGGCUAUGCCAGCCUUCCAGGGUGGUGGCUUUGGGGCUUUAGCCGUGGUGGCAGCCAUCUGCCCUGUCGUUGAUGUUCCCAGGUGUGUGGUGGGGAUCGCAGUGAGUAGACAGGGGGGUCAGUGAAUGGCGAGGAGGGACAACAUGGUGGUUGGCUUGAGAUACAACCUGCAAUGCAGAAGGCUUGUGGUGAGUGGACAGCCAUUGGUCAUAGGAUUCUUAGGGCUUGCAGUCUGGGGACUCUGAGACCUGGGUUCUGCUCUGGAUACCUCUGGUGACUUCACUGCCAUGCCUGCCUGUUUCCUCUGGGUUUCGCUUUUGCCAUGUGUGAAAUUGGGGCCAUGUUUUCAAAUGCUCUUUUACCUGUACUCCCAAAGUGCUGUACUUCCAGUUCUGACCCUGGGACAUGGAUCGUGGUUACUCUGCCCUCAUGCUGCCUGGGUGUUAGUGGGGUGUGAUGGGGGCUUGAUUUUUGUAUAAGCUGUUUGGGGAAUGACAUUUCUAAAUCCUAUAAGCAAAAGCAACUUGGCCAGAUCUCCACGGUCAGCCAGAUCUCCAUGGUCAGCCAGAUCUCCAUGGUCAGCCAGAUCUCCACGGUCAGCCGGGACUCCACAGUCAGCCGGGUCUCCACGGUCAGCUGGGUCUCCAUGGUCAGCCAGGUCUCCACGGUCAGCCGGGACUCCAUGGUCAGCCAGAUCUCCAUGGUCAGCCAGAUCUCCACGGUCAGCCAGAUCUCCACGGUCAGCCGGGUCUCCACGGUCAGCCAGAUCUCCACGGUCAGCCAGAUCUCCACGGUCAGCCAGAUCUCCACGGUCAGCCGGGUCUCCAUGGUCAGCCAGAUCUCCACGGUCAGCCGGAUCUCCACGGUCAGCCGGAUCUCCACGGUCAGCCGGGUCUCCACGGUCAGCCGGAUCUCCACGGUCAGCCAGAUCUCCACGGUCAGCCGGGACUCCACGGUCAGCCGGGUCUCCACGGUCAGCCGGGUCUCCACGGUCAGCCGGGACUCCACGGUCAGCCAGGUCUCCACGGUCAGCCGGGUCUCCACGGUCAGCCAGGUCUCCACGGUCAGCCGGGACUCCACAGUCAGCCAGGUCUCCACGCUCAGCCGGAUCUCCACAAUCAGCCAGGUCUUCACAGUCAGCUGGGUCUCCAUGCUUAGCCGGGUCUCCAUGGUCAGCCAGGCUGGUUACAGCUCUCAGACACAUGUGUGGUUUUAUUUGAACUGGAACAUAACCACUGUAAUCACAGAAGCUUGGGAAAUUGGAACCUGGAGGAAGCAUUCUUUUGUUGAAAGACAACAGUGAAUGGGCUGAGAAAAUUCCUUGAAUACACACAGAAUACACACACACACACACACACACACACACACACACACACACACACACGGGGGAGAGAGAGGGAG